AUGAUCAAACUAAAUGUGGAUGCAGCUUUUUGCAAUGUGGGUGGGAGUGUAGGUGUUGGGGGUGUGUUUCGAGACUUUGCAGGCUCUUGUUUGGGAGGUUUUCGCCACACAUUCCCUGCAGUUUCUUCCGCUCGGCAUGCAGAACUGGUAGCGCUGUUGGUGGGCGUCCAGCUAGCUAUCACUCAUCAAUUUUUCCCUCUGAUAGUGGAAACUGAUUGUCAAGACUUGGUACAAGCUAUGACGCAUGAUUCCCUUGAUCAUUCGGAGCUGGGCUACCUCUUAAGUGACCUUCGAGAGGCCCUGCAGCUAGCAUCCUUUGCGCAGGUUCACCAUGUGCGCCGAGCAGCAAACAUAGUGGCUCAUACUUUAGCACAAGAGGCUAAAAAUGGACAGUUUUUUAUGCAGUUCUUUACUGUACCUCCUCCAAAUGUGGUGGAGCUUAUAUCCAUUGAUUGUAAUGACUUGUAA